UGUUUAUGAUCCAAGAUGGCGGCACUUCCGCAGAAGAAAUAUUACCGGCAAAGAGCUCAUGCAAAUCCCAUGGCCGAUCACACUCUUGAAUAUCCUGUAUCUCCAGAUGCAAUGGAUUGGAGAACUCUGUUUCCUGCUUUCUUUCCUGAAAAAGAUGACAAUGGAGAACACACAGUUUGUAAAACCUCAAGAGUUGAAUUUGCAGACAUAGGGUGUGGAUAUGGCGGACUUUUAGUGGAUUUAUCUCCCAUGUUUCCAGAUACACUAAUGGUUGGCAUGGAAAUAAGACUGAAGGUCAGUGACUAUGUUAGUGACAGAGUGAUGGCUUUAAGAAAAGCCAACCCAGGGCAGUACCAGAACAUUCAUGUGAUAAGGACUAAUGCCAUGAAGUACUUGCCCAACUAUUUUCACAAGGGUCAGCUCAAAAAGAUGUUUUUCCUGUUUCCUGAUCCUCAUUUCAAGCAAAAGAAACAUAAGUGGAGAAUAAUAAGCCCCACAUUACUAGCUGAGUAUGCAUAUGUUUUAGCGGAAGGGGGUCUUGUUUACACAAUAACUGAUGUUCCUGACCUGUGUGACUGGAUAAAGAAGCAUUUCAUGGAACACCCGUUAUUUGGGGCAGUCAGUGACGAUGAGCUGGCGCAGGAUCCCGUCGUAGAAAAACUGUACCAAAGCACAGAGGAGGGACAAAAAGUUACUAGAAACAAAGGAAUCAAAUUAGUGGCUGUAUUCCGACGGAUUCGAGAUCCGUACCUGACGUAACUAAGGCAGUAUUUCCUCACCUAAAUUAACCUUAAGUGCCAAGUCCUACGCGGUCGUGUGUCUUGUUGGUUCCCAAGCCUACCCGGAUGGAAUUGAAAUGAGGAGAAAUAGCUUGUGUCUCAGAUUGAUGACAAAGUAGGAACAGUGUCAGGGCUGCUGUCGGGUUAGAGAGAGUAAUGAGACUUGUUGAACCCGAGAACUUAGGAUUAAUGGCCUCCAUCUGACUCUAUCUUCAGUUCACCACGCUACUUCCUAUCAUAACUGUUCUUAACUUUUUAUCCCGAUUGCUUGAAGCUGUCUAUGGAUAAAUCUCCAUCCGGGUGAUUGCGCUGUACGUUUUAAGAACGCAUCCACUGGAUAGCGAUUUAUCCGUUGGAUAGCAUUAUUCGACCCUUAAACAAAUGGGCAAUUGCGUGAGGACAGAGUGAGAAAGAUGGUAACCUCCUUUUCAAAACUUGUAAUAUCCUUUUUGUCUAAAAUGA